GAACAGCGAAGUCGUCAACGUCGGCUCAUGACUCACUGCCAAAUUGCAGGCUCGUAAAUAAACCAUGUAAGGCACGUUGGUUGUGAUACUUUUUCUUUUCCAGCAGGCGCAGUAUAAGAUGCUCGUUCCCUGCGCAGCCGCAGACAGCGUGGUAUCUAAUUUAAUUUAGACUCGAAAAUUGUCAGACAACCUGCACUGGCAUCGCACUGUGGAUGUUGAGGAAGCAUGAAGUCUAUUUUUCAUUUUCCUAUCGAGUACAUAAAUUUCGCCACCUGUGUUGGUUGAGGUAGGGAAUCGUGAUCGGUGGAGGAUCACUGGUAGUCUAGGUGUAGAAUCGCAGGAACAGGCGGGAGGGGAUGAAAGCAGAGCAUGGGUGACUAUUAUCACGACGCACCCACGUACUUAAAAAUGAAAAUCUGUGAAGUCGGUCCGCCUCGCUGAGUUCCAAACUAUGGUAUGUCUUUUCUUAUCCCCGCAGUCUUCGUGCACGUUAUGGUGACGCCGUGCCAUCUGCUCUGGAUUGAUGCGAGUUUGCAACAGCAACGCGACCGGUGAUGGCUCUAGUUGCGUAUCGGAGUGUCGUAAGGUUGCAUUGAACUUCGUCAGUGGCUUGAUUAGUGUUGAAGACCUGCCGGAGAGGGUUUAGCUUCUACGUGACCUCGGAUGUUGUCAAGGAAUUGGAAAGAAAACCAGCCGGAGUAUUCCUUUGAUUGUGGAGAAUUGCGGGGACAGGUGUUGGAAGGACUUAAAAUCUUUCUGUGAACUCCAACAUUCCACUUUUCCUGCAGCAGAAUAGUAUUCUCCGUGCACGCCACUCAUGCCUGAGGCGUGCUAAUAACCCAGUCUCUAGUGCUGCCAACGUUGCUCAUCUAAUUUUACCCUGUCUCCCAAUUAGUGUGAUUCGUUAGGUCGAUUCUGAACUUUGCGGCGGGGUUUCUCAGGUUUUGGUGCGGGGGUUUAGAAUUGUUGCUACUGCGACGGUGGGGGCAACGUCAAGAAUCGGGGUGCGAGGAGGUGUGGAGAAAGGCGCGCAAUUUACUUGGAGAAGUUACUGUUUCUGAGAAUUGGAAAGCAAUGUCUGUAAGUGGGGAGAAGGGUGUAAUGGCGGCUGAGGAAGUCAAAACGUCGAAUCAGAAGCGGAUGUGGAUAAAAUAUUACUGCGAGGAGUGCAAAGCGUGGGAGACGAGAGAGAUGUUUGAGGUCAUGAAAUUGAGCGGUCCCCAAGCAUCGGCAGUUGGUGCUUGUGCAUUGUGGUCUUGGGGCUGCUCCAAACUCAUCCGCCACGGUUCUUUUCAGACCUUCCAGGUAGAUGAACUGAACAACGCCGAUGGACACGACGAACCCAAGCUUGACUUCCCCAGCAUCGAAUCUCCGGCAACGAUUCAACCCGUCGAUGAGGAAAUGCGUCCAAGGAGCACUGUAGCAGCUGAAGAAGCAAGCCCACUGCAAGCUGUGCCUUCUGCUCAGUCUAAUGGAUCAUCUCAAAGCAAGCGCCCCAAGCGCAACGUCCAAUCCACUCACGCGCGUGAUUCGGUGGCAGAGGCCAAUUCGCCUAUCAACUCUCAAGGAGGUGUUACCUCUUCGUCACCAGAUGAGGCUGUGCCAGAGGAAAAUGGAGCCAGCACUGUCCACGUGGAAAACAGGUCCAAAGAUGGGGAAGCUGGUGCUGACACGACUGGCCCAGAGAGCCCUGGUGUGAUAGAUGCUGAACAUGUUGAAAACAAAGUCCAGAAGAGACCCAGGAGGUUAACAGCUGGAGACCGGGGCCUUGCGCAAGCAUUACAGUACGAGAAGCCAGCUAGAAUAACAACUAAACCUCUAUCAGAGGUUUUGGCGAAAAAGGAACAGACGAAGGAAGAGGUACACGAGAUGCCUUCCGGAUCGUCUGCUACAACAAAGAAGUCAACGAAGAAGAACAAAAAACUUGGCGACCUUUACUAGCUCUUGUGCUGUUAAGUUUCAGGGCGUGAACAUGACGUGGAUCAUCAACAUCUGGGUUUCAGGAGAAUAUAAACCUGGUAGCAAGCUUAGUUUAGUUGAGGCAGUGUUAUCACAUUGCAGCUCUGUACAACAUGCAGAAGUAGAAAGCGUAUGAGGGGAGAGAUUUUUAUCAGUUGCGAUGGACUUUAAAUCGGUAGGAUCGGAUGAUUUGUGUAAUCGUGUGAAGUAGUGGUGGAUCUGGCUGUGAGUGUUGUAUUGUGUUUGUAGGACUUCUCUUUUCAGAUAUGCGGUUUUUGAGGUGAAGACAUGUAAAGAUGACGCUGACCACUACCAAGAAUAUUUUGUACAUGAAAAUACCAUAUGUAGAUUUCAUGUUAAAAGGCUGGUGAA